UUAAGACAGAAUUUCUCUGAUUAUUUCCAAUUCUACUCCAAACUGCUGAUCCUUGGACAGUAGUGCAAUUAUAAGACAUCAUGGCUGGUUAUAAGCCUGUAGUUAUUCAGACUUAUCCUGUACUUGGUGAAAAAAUCACCCAAGAUACCCUGUAUUGGAACAACUAUAAGCCUCCUUAUAAUUAUGCUGUCACAGCUUCCUCAAGGAUUCAUAUUUAUGGUCGGUACUCCCAGGAACCAAUAAAAACCUUUUCCCGAUUUAAGGACACAGCAUACUGUGCUACUUUUCGCCAGGAUGGUAAACUGCUUGUGGCUGGAAGUGAAGAUGGUGGAGUUCAACUUUUUGAUAUAAGUGGAAGGGCUCCCCUCAGACAAUUUGAAGGUCACACAAAAGCAGUCCAUACAGUAGAUUUUACAGCUGACAAAUACCAUGUGAUUUCUGGGGCUGAUGAUUAUACUGUGAAGCUGUGGGAUAUUCCAAAUGCCAAAGAAAUCCUAAUGUUUAAAGAACAUUCUGAUUAUGUGAGGUGUGGCUGUGCGAGCAAACUAAACCCAGAUCUCUUUGUAACAGGGUCAUAUGAUCAUACCGUGAAGAUGUUUGAUACACGAACAAAUAAGAGUGUUCUCUCUGUUGAACAUGGACAACCAGUUGAGAGUGUCCUGCUUUUUCCUUCUGGAGGUCUUCUGGUAUCUGCAGGAGGUCGUUAUGUUAAAGUCUGGGAUAUAUUGAAAGGAGGACAAUUAUUAGUGUCUCUGAAAAAUCAUCACAAAACUGUGACAUGUUUGUGUUUGAGCAGCUCUGGACAGAGGUUACUCUCUGGCUCACUAGAUAGGAAAGUGAAAAUAUACAGCACAGCCUCAUACAAAGUAGUUCACAGUUUUGAUUAUGCAGCUUCAAUUUUGAGUCUUGCGCUUGCACAUGGAGAUGAGACGAUAGUUGUAGGAAUGACCAAUGGAAUCCUGAGUGUUAAACAUCGGAAACCUGAAGCAAAGAAGGAUGCUUCUUCCAGGAGACGAAGGCCUGCAUAUAGAACAUUUAUGAAAGGAAAAAAUUACGUGAAGCAACGGGAGGAUAUUUCGAUCACUAGGCCAUCAAAAAAACACUUGGAAUUGUACGACAAGGAUCUAAAAAAUUUUCGGAUCUCUAAGGCCCUUGACAGAGUCCUUGAGCCAGAAGUUACAAUAAAGACACCGGAAGUUACAGUUUCCAUCAUAAAGGAGCUCAAUCGAAGAGGAGUUCUUGCGAAUGCUCUUGCAGGUCGAGAUGAAAAGGAACUCAGCCGUAUCCUUAAUUUUUUGAUAAGGAAUCUGUCUCAGCCAAGAUUUGCUCCUGUUUUGAUAAAUGUGGCUGAAAUAAUUAUUGAUAUAUAUCUACCAGUGGUUGGUCAGUCACCUGUCGUGGAUAAAAAGUUUUUGGUACUUCAAGGACUUAUAGAAAAAGAGAUUGAUUACCAAAGAGAACUGUUAGAAACCUUGGGAAUGAUGGAAAUGCUUUUUGCUGCCACGACUCCAAAUGAAAGCACUUUUCCGCUGGAACACGACUCUGAUGGAUUGCUUGAAAACAAGACAGAAUCUGUGGAUGCCAUAGAAACUGACUUAGAAUGUAUUCAGCUCUGUUGACUGCUGGAAAGAGACUCUUUUUCAUAUAUUAGAAAA